AUGGAACGGCUGGUCCUGCAGGCUUUGGGAAAGCCCUGCUCUCCCCCCAUCUCCGCAGCCCCCCAUUUCCUCUUCCAGGGGAAGCUCGAGUGCCGCUUCGCCAACGGGAGCGCAGGGCAGGUGCGCUACCUGGAGAGGCACAUCUACGACCGGCAGGAGGUCCUGCGCUUCGACAGCCGCCGCGGCUGGUACGAGGCCGUCACCGAGCUGGGCGAGCGUCAAGCCCGAGACUUCAACAGCCAGAAGGUCUGGAUGGAGUACCUGCGGGCCCAGGUGGACGCCUUCUGCCGCUACAACUACCAGGUCUUGGAGGACUUCUUCACCAGGACAGUUGAGCCCCUGGUGAAGAUCUCCCCCACCAAGGGAGACCCCCUGGCCCACCACACCCUCCUGAUCUGCACCGCGGCAGGAUAUUAUCCCCCUGGGAUUGACAUCAAGUGGCUGAAGAACGGGCAGGAGCAGACACAGGGGGUGGGAUACGAUGAUGAGAUCCAGAACGCAGACUGGACCUUCCAGUACCAGGUGAUGCUGGAGACAGUGCCUCAGCGGGGAGACGUCUACGCCUGCCAGGUGGAGCACAAAAGUGUGAAGGAACCCAUCUCCGUGCAGUGGGAGCCACAGACGUCGGACUCUGCCAAGAGCAAAGUGUGGACGGGGGCCGUGGGGGCCGUUCUGGGGCUGGUCUUUGUGGCCGUGGGGCUUUAUCUGUACCUGAAGAGCAGGAAAGCGACUCCCCUGCCGCCCCCCACAGCAAAGGCUGAACAGAGGAAGGAGGAGGGUGAGGAACUUCAUCUCCAGUUGCCAGACAGAAUUAAUAAUGAAGACAUGAAAGGAAACACCAGAGAUAAAGGCAGACAUAAAAGAAAGAAAGACAGGCACUUGGCUGCAAACAGAGAUGGAAGCAAGUGCAACAUAUAUUUUCCAAAGCACAAUGCAAUGAAAA